GCAGUAUCGUUCGGUGCGCGCGUAGAAGAACGUCUGACUCUCCUCGCGCCGUCGAUAAGAGAGAAAGAGGGAAUCGCUCGUGCACACGCGCGCACGCGACGCCCUCCUCCUCCUCCUCUAUCCUUUUUUUUUGUUACCUAUCACGGUAUUGUAAAAAAUAUAUAUACAGUGAAUAUAUUAUUUUAUAACGUUUUAAAAAGAAAAACACUCGUGAAUGUUGUAUUAUAUCUCGGAAGACGUUUGCUGUUGUUAUUAAGAAAGAGAUAGGUAGAUAAAUAGAUAGAGAGAGAGAGAGAGAUUAAAAAUUAUACGUCGUAUGGAACUCGAACGGUCGUAAUUUUAUUCUUUAUUCUUUUUGAACAGAAACAGACAAGGAUAGAGAUAGAGAUAGUGAGAGAAAGAAGAGAGGGAGAGAUAGGGAGAACAUUCGAUAAAAAAUUGUGAGUUCCUUUAACGAAAUUUGUGUAGUUAUGUAGAGUAAAGAGAAAGAUAGAUAGAUGGGUAGAUAGAGAGAGAGAGAGAGAGAGAAAGAAAGAGAGAGAGAGUAGAGCGAUGGAAGAGAGAAACGGGCUGUCUUUAAAACGCUGUCUAAUAAUAGGGCGCGCGCGAGUGUACUAAAGCGCCUAUAAAUAUACCCACCACCGCCCGUGGAAACUCGAGCCCGUGGACUUGGCGGUGCAACCUGCCGUGCUAAGGAUAAUAGGAAAAAAAAGGAGUGAGACAGAGAGAGAAAAAGAGAGAGAGAAAGAUAGAACGAAUAAGAGAAGAGAAAUUGUAUGCGAUAUUAUUAAUUAAUGUGUUAUAACGAUAAACAUGGAAUAUACAUACGCAUUCACGAUUGUCUAGAGAUAGAGAUAGAAAUAAUGUUAGAGAGACAGAGAUAAGGUAUAAAAUAUACGUCAAAUAUACUUUGCGACGGAUCGACGAAAGAAGAGUAUCUGUCCCCUCCCAGUCGUCUCGUCAUCGUCGUGUCUCUCUUUGUUAUUAUAAAAGUCCUUGAUAAUUUUAUGUUAACAUCGUGUCAUAACAAUCAUUCUUUCGAAGUAAUUAAAUAAUAAUAUCGAGAUUUUACGGCGGAGGGGUGGGGUGGGGGAGGAUUUAUAUAUUAUCAUUGAUAAGUGUUACGGUGUUUCGAAUUUUACUAAGAAGAAGAGGAAGAGAAGAAACUCCGGGUGCCGGCAUGCAGCAACAGCAGCAGCAGCAGCAGCAGCAGUUACCGGUCGUUCUCUCUAUCAGCGAUGCUCUAAAAAUAUCACAACCGUUCUUCUCCUGUCUCCUUUCACGAAAAGUUUCCGCGUUCCGUGUCUCCUUCUUCACGAAAGCUAACUUUCCAUGAUCGGUAAAAAGAGACGAAACAUUCAGCGUCGUCGUCGGCGACGAUCGUACGACGUUGCUGACCUUUAUAUCUUAUCGCGAUCGUGAAUAAUAAUAAUAAAUAAUAAUAAUAAUAAUAAUAAUAAUAAGAAGAAGAAGAAGAAGAGGAACAAUAACGACAACGAUAAUACAGGAAAUAUAACAAAUAUACUCACGAUUACGAAGAAAAAGAAGAAGAAGAGAAAGAAGAAGAGGAGGAGGAGGAAGAGGAGGAGGAGGAGGAGACGCAAUGAUCAUCGAUCGGUGCGGGCCGCGUAAUUCGUCGUGGAUAGUUGCGAAGUUUGCUACGAGCGAGAUAUGCCGCGAACAUAUCGCGAUCGCGAAGUGUCGAAAAAGCGCGAAAAUUUCUUUCGUUUGAACUAGAAGGUGUGAAAAGUGUUUUUAUAAAUAAUAGUAAAAAGGCAAAGUAGAAGAAAAGAAAAAGGAAAGAAGAAGAAAAGAAAGAAAUAAAAGGGGAAUCGACGAAAGGGGGGGAGCAGGGGGGGAAACUCUUGUAAGAGAUAAUAGAAAAGUGUGUGUUAAUCCAGUAAAGAAAAAAAAAGAGGGAGGGGGAGGGUGUUGUUAGGUUAGAUUAGAAACAAACGAGGAAGAGGAAGUGGAAGUGGAAGAGAAAGGCGCAGUAGUAGAGAGAUAUAGUAAUAGUAUACACAAGUAGGUAGUGUGUAAGAAAGGCAACAAAGAAAAAGAAGAAAAGAAAAGAGUGAGUAGAGAAGGAAGGAAGGAAGAAAGGAAGGAAGGAAAGAAAGAAAGGAAAAAAAAAAAGGGAAAGGAGAAUGACGCGAUGAUGGCCUACGGAGGAAGCGCUGGUAACGGUGGAGGCGCGAUGGGACCUUCGGCCGGUGGUGGAGGCGGUGCUGGUACGACGGACGUUUUAGGCUCGACCAGCGAUUAUAGUCCUCAAAGCACGCCGACGCCACUCUCGGCCUCGCAUUCGUCGUCCGCUGGCGUCGAGGCGGCGGCCGCGGUUACGAGCUACGGUACUGGUACCACCGGGACGACGAGCAAUUACAGUCCCCAGGACAGUCCCGCCAGCUCGGCGGGCGGUGCUACCAACAACGGACAACUUCCGACAUUUGGUUUCACCCAGGAACAAGUUGCCUGUGUUUGCGAGGUUCUCCAGCAAGCAGGCUCCGUGGAAAGGCUUGGAAGAUUUCUCUGGUCUUUACCGGCUUGUACGAGAUUACACAGAAACGAGAGCGUUCUAAAGGCAAAGGCUAUAGUCGCUUUCCAUCGUGGCCAAUUCAAAGAGCUCUAUAGGAUUCUUGAGAGCAAUACCUUCAGUGCGCACAAUCAUCCAAAACUGCAGGCCCUUUGGUUGAAGGCACAUUAUAUCGAGGCUGAGAGACUUCGAGGGAGGCCACUCGGUGCGGUCGGAAAAUAUCGAGUACGUCGUAAGUUUCCAUUGCCAAGAACGAUAUGGGACGGCGAGGAAACGUCGUAUUGCUUCAAGGAGAAAUCAAGGAGUAUUCUGAGGGAAUGGUACGCUAACAAUCCUUAUCCAUCGCCCCGUGAAAAACGCGAAUUGGCUGAGAACACAGGUCUGACGACAACUCAAGUUAGCAAUUGGUUUAAGAAUCGUAGACAGAGAGACCGUGCCGCUGAACAUAGCGGUCAAAGGGAAGACAAAACCCAUGGUGGUGGUCUUGGUGACUCAAGUAGCGAGUCUGGCGACGAAGCCAAAAGACAAUCCGUCGUUCAGCAACAACAGCAACAACAACAACAACCGUCGGCUUGUGCCGUUCAACAGCAACAACAACAACAACAACAACAACAACAGCAAAUGGUUGAACACCAACAAACUUCUAGUAUGUACCAAUUACCACCUCCCGCUGCGGUCUCAAGUCCUCACUCCUAUCAUCAGACUCACGGCACAAGUCUGAGUCAUCCGCAUACACCCACCCAUCAUAUGCAACAUCAUGACACCAGCAGCGAGAGUGGCGACGACAAGAGAAACCUCCAUCAUCAGUUGCAACAUCAUCUUCAGGUUGGUGCACAUGGUACCCAUGGUCUUGUUCAUCCUACGGCGACCUUACCACCGCCGCCGCCAAGCUGUGCUCAACAGAAGAGCCAACUUGAUUAUAUGCAGUAUUAUAGCCCUCAGGAUUACCUGAUAGGCACGCCCACCUCGGCGGAUCUGCAGAAGUCGCUUCCUCACACGGCCACGUCAAUGCAGAUGGGUGCUAUAGCACCUUCUAUGGGUGGCCUAAGCCCGAUGGCACCUUCGACGAUGUUACAGAACACGAUGCAGGGCGUUAACAGCAUGAAUACCAUGUCGAUGAACGGUAUGGGAAUGGGAGCCUAUCAGGGAAUGGGUUCUAUGGGGAUGUCGACGUCGCAUACGAGUUACCACAGUGGACUCGUCUUAGGCGAUUAUCAUUCGUUGUGACCUUGGGCUCCGAACGGUCAGAGUAAAAGGAAUCCAGAAAAAACUUAAGGAUAAACGAACUUCCGAAACUCUCAGCUAAUUCAUCAAUAUAUAUAUAUAUGCAUAUAUAUAUAUAUAUAUAUAUAUAUAUAUAUAUAUAUAUAUAUAUGUAUGGUCCAUUCGAUUUUACUCGAUUCACUAUCACCAAAGUGGUAUGUCUCGGGGCUCGCUCGUGCUGAGAAAAGAAAUAAAAUACCGCAUACAGUAUCCGUUAUUUUCAAUACGAAGGUGUGAAAGCUUUUUUAUACUAAACUUUGUUGUUAUCGCGUUGAUCGAGAAGUAAUUCUAAAGCACUCGUUGUUUAACCGUGGAGAUCUUGAAUUGAUAUUGAUAAUAAUCUUCUCUUGAUCGCCCCUCAGUCGUGUGGAGUCUCUCGAAAGACCGCUUAGGUGAUCGGGCUCGUACGCUUCUGGAUAAAAUAGCAAAAGACAUGUUAGCAUUUUUCAUUAUCCCUAUUCUUAAUAGAACCUUCGCACAGGUAGCAAGGAACACCCCUUCCCCCCUCCGUAUUAUAUAUAAAUAAUCUUAUUCGAAGAAGAACGAAACAGGUUCUUUUAUUUUUUUGCGACUCUAACUAAUUCUUCCGUUUGUAAUCUCUCUCUCGUAGCGUACAAUUGUAAGUGAUUAAGAGAUAGCACAAUCUCUGUAAGUGUGUAAGUGCGCUUUGUGGUUCGUUAACAGCGUCUAAAAAAAGUCAUUUGAAAAACAAGUUGAUAAUGUUUCCUAUCAAAUGAAGUAAUUUUCUUUUUUUUUUUUUUUUGAAGAGAGGGUAGUUUAAAACGAACUACAAAUAACGUAAGAAAAAUCAUUAAAAAUUCAUUGAUUGAUUUAAGACACACACACACACACACACACACACAUAUAUAUAUAUAUUUAUAUUUAUAUACAAUACAUAUUAUUUUUCAUCUUAAUUAAUUUUAGACCAUAACGAAUCACACAUUGCACUCUAUCACUCCAAAUACAUACAAACACAUCCUUUUUAACAUACUUACACAUGCUACACGUGCGUACGCUUCUGUCUGUUUGUCCUCUUCGUCUAUCUAUCCCUGAAUCUCUUCCUGUAUAUAUGUAGAUAUAUUGAACAUGUAUUCAGCGCACGUUCUCUCUUAUGUUCUCAAAUAAUAAUCAUUACCACCUUGUGAACAAGAAAUGUGUUGGAAGUUCACGCACGGCGGAUAUAUUAGAAAAAGAGAAACGAAAAUGAAAAAAAAGAAAAGAAAAGAAAAAAAAAAAAGAAGAAGAAGAAGGAAGAUUCGCACAGCAGUUUUAUUCGCUAAAACGAGAACAACACGUACCGUCGCAAUCUAAGUUAGUCAAGUAAGUUGUCAUUUAUUCGCAAUUCACGAUCUUCUGUAUAUAGGGUAUGUUGUACAUGCGAGAUUUUAUGUAUGUAUGCAUGCAUGUAUGUAUGUAUGUAUGUAUGUAUGUAUGUAUGUAUGUAUGUAUGUAUGAAUGAGAAGGGUCUCUUUGUAUGUAUGUAUGGAUCUAUAUGUGUCUUCUGCUUGCAAGGAUAUGGUAUGAUGCAUGUAAGUAUGCGUGAAGAAGAAAGAAAAAAAAGAAAAGAGAAAAAUAAUAAAAAAAAAAAAGAAAAAAAAAUGGAAAAAAAAAAGAAAAAGAAAUAGAGACAACACAACAUCGAAGGAGAAAGAAGAAAGGAAAAUAAAAAGACAAAGAAAAAAAAUAUGUAGAAGAAAAAGCCAGCCACAAGUGAUCGUCGCGCGUUAACUUCUCCCUAGAAGAAGGAACGCCGCUCUUCGUGCUAAUAAUAUAAAUAUAUAUAUAUAUAUAUAUAUAUAUAUAUAUAUAUAUAUAUAUAUGUAUAUGUAUAUAUAUAUAUGUUCUUAAAUAUUCCAUUAAAUUAGCGAGCAUUAUGUUGUCAUGUUUGACAUUGUACGUAUGUAUAUGUAAUAAGGUGUGACUGAUGAUAAAAAAAAAAAAAAAAAAAAAAAAAAAGAAAAUACAAAAAAAAGGGAAAGGAUCACCUUUUCUACUCGAAGGAUCCUCGGGACGAAACAGGGUAAGAAAGUAAUGUAAAGAUGAUUAUACAGAGAACACAGGCGCGAGGAUGUUUAAAUAAUAUAUAGGAUGUCAUCUGAUUGCUGGUAUUAUCGUGAUAACAAUUAUUCUGAUCCCUUCCUGAAACGAAAGCAAGUAAGAAGAAAAGAAAAGAAAAAGUAAGAAAGAAAAAAAAAAAAGAAAAGUUCAAUUAAAACAUUAAAAAUUAUAAUAUCUCCGCCCUUCUUCUCUUAAUUAAUUUAAAGUUUUUAUUUUUAUUCGUUAGAUUAAAAUCAUUUUUGUAUCAUGCGAGUUUUCACUUUUAAAUAUUUCGACUUAUAAUUGCUCAUUAAUUUUGUUGUUUGGAUUAAGAUACAUAUAUUAUUUUCUCGAUCUUGUCAUCAAUCAUAUAACGUUCUGUAUAUAUUAUAUAUAUAUAUAUAUCGCCUUUGACUUUGGACAAAUCGAUAAAAGAUUGUAACAUCCGAUGUUAGAGAAAAUGCGAUUGAUCGAAAUCAGCUAUCCUUUUACAAAAAUGUGUUCAUAUUUUUUUUUCUUUCUUUCUUUUUUUUUUUUCGUUUUUCUUUUUUCUUCCCCCUCAAACAUUUUAACUUUCUUUGAGAUUAACACGUUUUAUAAUAAUAACAUUUGAUGAGUCUAAUCAUAGCGGCAAAAAA